GUGCCUCGCACAUCUUAGGUGUCUGAUAAAUGCUUUUUCGCCCUCCCCCUUUUUGUGGUUUCUUGGUUGACAUGUGCCAUAUUGAUCGCAUGGUCUUUUCCCCUAUAAUUCUAGGCAGCACUGUCUGGAUUAUUGACCCUUAAUUUAGUGUUCACACGAAGACCUCUGUAAAAUACAACUUGGCGCAGAUCUCCGCAGCGCCAACUACCCGCGGAAUGCUUCUCUCCCCUAGAGGAUUUCGUGCCUCUCGCUGCCCGUCUACAAAUGUGGCAGCGAAUACAAAUACCAUUCCUGGGGAAAGUGGCCUAGCCAUGACUCCCGACGCUUGGGCUCUAUGAAGCCAUUCCACCUCCCGCUUAGCACCCCCAGGACCCGCACAUCCUCGGCUCUCUUUCUGGGCCAAGGGAUAGCUCCUUUCAGGAGGCUCCGUUCUCCUACUUUGGGUUAGACCCGGGCGCUCCCCGCUCGUGUAAGGGCGCGCUCCCGAGCCGGAGCCUGCGCCAGGAGGGCAGGCUGGCGGGCUGGCUGGCUGGCAGGCGGCCCCCCCCCCCGCCCUCUCCCCGAGGGGCGGGCUCUGCGCCUUUCUUCCUGAGUCAGGACAUGGCACAAGGGACCGGGAAUUUCCCGGACAGUGAGGUUUCCCGCUUCCGGCCCUGGACCCCAGUGUAUAAAAGCAGCCGGCGGAGCAAGGAGAGCCACACAGCACCAAGGAGCCUUGGAACAGCCAUCCCCAGCCUUCUCCUCUUCAGAACUCCAAGCACCAAACUCCGCCACCAUGAGCCCUAGCCUCCGCCAGAUGUCUUGUGUCUUCCUGCUGUGCCUGCUGUCCGGGCUCCUGACGCCCUCAGUCCGGCCAGUCAGCGGAGCGCCCCAUGCCAAUGAACUACGCUGCCAGUGUCUCCAAACCGUACAGGGCAUCGCCUACAAGAACAUCGCCAAUCUGAAGGUGAUCCCAGCCGGUCCUCAGUGCUCCAGCGUCGAAGUCAUAGUCACUCUGAAGAAUGGAAAGGAAUUUUGCCUUAACCCCGCGGCCCCCCAGGUUAAGAAAAUUGUGGAGAAGGUGCUGAAAAGCGGCGCCAACCAGUAACUUUAAAAGAGAAGAUGGUCUCUUGCAAUGCCCAAGCAACUCCAUUUUGAGACCGUGGGUCCCAGAAGCCAGAAGAGUCCCAGGACUUUGCCAAGCAUCUGUGAUUUGUUUAUUGCAGUGCUCUUAUUUAUUUUAUUUGUUAGUUUUUAAAAGUGUGAUUGAAACCAGUUGUUAACUUUACACUGAUGUCUUCUCUUCACUUUUUACAAAACCAAUUAUUUGUUUUUCCUUCAUGUGCUAUGUAUUUCAUUUGAAUGCAAUAUUUUCAAAUUUGUUGAGAAUCAUUUAUUUUGUAUCUAUUUAAAGUGGGCUAUGAUUUGUAUGAAAAGCUCCCUUAUGAAUGUAGGAGCUGACCACAAAUAUUAUUUAUGAUAAUUAUUUGACAUUGUCUGUUAACUAUGUAUUUAUAUUGAAGUAUUGAGAACUGUAAUGUUCUAAUUAUCCCAUAGACAUUUAAUGUCUUCUUUGUAUGGCAUACUGUCAUGUUUAGUGUAAAAAUACACAAUGUUCUUUCUAUUUAUGUCCUAAAAU